CGGCUGUUCGAGUCCGUAUGAAGUUGAUCAUCAAUAUUAACUUCUUUUCUCGAUCAGCCUAGAUAGCUGUGUAGUGUCGGUAGCGAUUGUCUCAAUUGGCUAAGAAUAACACUACGGACCGCCUGUUCCGGUGGUAAGAAUCCACCAACAGGUGACCCCUAAUUCAUGGUGUGAUGCGGCUUUAUGCUUACCGUGCCUAGGAAUGAAUGGCUAGGGGGGUCUAAUAAAAACCUAACCGCUAACGGAGCCUGUGGAGUACCAGGGCGCCCUCCACAGUAUGUAGCCCUUACUGCGCUAACCGGAGCAAUGGUGCAGUGGACCUUGUGUUUCUCCGAGACAAUCAGCUGCCCUUCUUUAGUCUCACUUGAGGCUAAAUAAGGGCGGGAUUAUGAAGAUGUUGUUAAUUAGUUUAAAUUUUCACCUAUAUGGUUUCGCAUUAUGCGAUUUACACAGUGUAUUCUGUGUAUCCUCGCCUUUGGCGUUUUCCAAUCGAUACCGAUUUGGUUUUAUUGUUGCUGUUCUUUGUUGUGCUGCUGUUGCGAAGAGUUUAAUCUUACCUAGUUUGGGUAGUGGCUACGGUUAGGAUAGCUCAGAUCAAUCUUCAGCAUAAAAGAACAGCAACGAUCAAUCUUUGCAGACUUAUGCAAAAUGGUACAGCCCAAGUGGCCUUGGUACAAGAACCUUACUUUCGUAAGGGAAAUUUCUAUCUAGGAAACCUUGUGAACCCGGUGUUUGCCACUUUCAGUAAACAUGAAAUGGCAAACUCGCGUGUCAUGCCUCGAGCCUGUGUGCUUGUCAACAACGCAAUAGUUGCUACACUCAUCUCUGAACUAACCACCAGAGAUGUAUGUGCUAUCACAAUUGAUGUAUCUGUUGGAAACCUCAACAGGAAAUACGUCUAUUGUUCUGUGUAUUUACCACAUGAUGAACCAUCCCCUACGGAUGCUUUCAAACAAGUCAUCGCAUACUGCACUUCAAAAGGCCUUCCGCUAAUUGUUGGCAGUGAUGCUCACCAUAUCAUCUGGGGCAGCUCAGACAUUAACUUGAGAGGCUCCAGUUUGAUGGAGUACUUAAGUAGUACAGAUCUUGCAUUACUUAACAUAGGCAACCGCCCAACCUUCAUGGUAUCUGCUAGAGAGGAAGUGUUAGAUAUAACGCUUUGCUCUAGCAGAAUUAGUCACGAGCUGACCAAUUGGCAUGUGUCAGAUGAAGAAUCUUUAUCUGACCAUCGCUAUAUCUUUUUUGAACAUUUAAAUGUUACUUCGCAAACAUUGCGUUUCAGGAAUCCUCGGUCAACAAACUGGGAUCUUUAUACUGAUUUGGUUGCAGCCAAAUUUCAUGGAUAUUCACCAUCCAUUGACACUCCAAGUGAUUUAGAUGAUGCCGUUGAUACUACAACGACCUUUAUCAUGGAAGCUUUUGAAGAAGCAUGCCCUCUACGGUCUGUGAAGAUCACAAGAGGAACCCCUUGGUGGAACUCUGAUCUGGCGAAACUCAGGAAACAAUGUAGAAAGAGUUGGAACAGACGACGUUCGGCUGGUUCGGAGGCUUUCAGGUCGGCUCGCAAGGCCUACAGGAAAGCUCUCCGGUCUGCUGAACGAUCCGGCUGGAAAAACAUUUGUACAAAUGUUUCCAGCUUGAGUGAAGUCAGUCGGUUAAACAAAAUCCUUGCGAAAUCUAAGGAUUUCCGGGUGAACGAACUUCGUUUGCCAAAUGGCGGGUGCCUUUGGCAACGUGCCUUUCGAUGCCAUAUUAGAAGCCGCACGGAGUCAUGGUAUAUCUCCAAUGAUUUCCAAUUGGAUUCACCAAAUGCUCAAAAACCGAUAUCUCUUCUCGACAUUGCGUCUAGCAGGGAUUGGGAAAUUGAGUGUUUGUGGAUGCCCCCAAGGGGGAGUCUUAUCACCGCUUUUGUGGAAUCUCGUAGCAGAUACGCUAUUGAGGCAACUCAAUAAUAGCGGUUUUCCUACUUAUGGUUUUGCCGACGACUACCUAACAUUGUUAGUUGGUAUGUGCAUCAGCACCCUUUUCGACCUGAUGCAAAACGCCCUUCAGGUAGUUGAGGGUUGGUGUCGCCAAUAUGGCCUUUCGGUUAAUCCGAGUAAAACAUCUAUUGUUCUUUUCACGGAAAGGCGAAACCGUAAUGGCGUUCGUCCUUUGCGUCUCUUUGAUUCUGAAAUCGAUGUGACUGAACAGGUAAAGUACGUUGGAGUCAUUCUUGAUUCCAAGCUUUCCUGGACACCUCACAUUGAGUUCAGAAUCAAGAAAGCUUGUAUGGCCUUCGGGCAAUGCCGGCGUACUUUUGGUACAACUUGGGGUCUAAAACCCAAGUAUAUCAAAUGGAUUUACACAACUGUGGUUCGGCCAAUAUUGGCUUAUGGAUGUCUUGUGUGGUGGCAAAAGGGUGAAGUGAGAACGGUCCAAUCAAAAUUAGGCCAUCUCCAAAGGAUGUGCUUAAUGGCGAUGUCUGGAGCGUUCUCUUCAACUCCUACGGCAGCGCUAGAAGUUCUCUUUGACGUUGCCCCACUACACAUUCAUCUCAAACAAGAAGCCCUUUCUUGCACUUACCGGUUACGGGUACUCGGUCUACUAGAGGAAACUCCUGUGAACCGCAGUUCAACACACACCUCGUUGUUUCCACUUUUGGUGAAUUGGGACAAAAUUGUCCUUGCUCCAAGUGAUCUUACAAUUGCUUGUAAUUUUCCAUAUAGGACAUUUUCCACGAAAUUCCCUUCCCGGGAAGAGUGGACAUCUGGUUAUCUGGAAAGAAGUAUUUCAGACGGCAUCGUAUGUUACACUGAUGGCUCCCUUCUCGAAGGUCGAGCAGGUGCUGGUGUUUAUUCUCGUGAGCUAAGGCUGUAUCAGUCUUAUUCACUUGGUAGACACUGUACCGUUUUUCAGGCCGAAAUCUUUGCUCUUAUGUGCGGAGUGCAAUCAGCACUUCAGCAGCACGUAAUGGGCAAAGUAAUAUACUUCUGUUCAGAUAGCCAGGCUGCUAUUAAAGCACUUGCUUCGGCCAACUCCAGGUCGAAGAUAGUUAUCGCUUGUCGAACUCAAAUCGAGGAGCUGAAUUCAGCAAACGCUGUUCACCUUCUAUGGGUACCUGGUCAUUCUUCCAUCGCUGGAAAUGAAUUGGCUGAUGAGUUAGCUCGCUCUGGAGCAUCACAUGACUUCAUUGGCCCUGAGCCAGCUAUUCCGAUAUCGAAGUGUUGGAUUAAGCUUCAGAUUCACACCUGGGCUGUCACUCAACACAGACAAUAUUGGAAUAGUUUGGAGUCAUGUCGUCAAACCAAAUUGUAUAGUGCUGAGCCAUCUCUACGGGUGGCGAAGUAUCCAAUUAAUCUGUCUAAGCAGAAUUGCAGCAUGCUGGUCAAAGCAUUGACUGGCCACUGCCGACUCAACUAUCACAUGGCGAAUAUUCAGCAAGCUGAUUCAUUUGCCUGUGAUAGCUAUGAAUCCGAUUAUGGAACUUCGUAUCAUUUGAUAUGUAACUGUCCAGUUUUCGCACAACUGCGUUUCCGAGUAUUCGGUAAACACUUAUUAAGUGAAACUGACUUCAGAAACCUGAAUCUUCAGGAUAUUCUGUUGUUCUUAACCCGCUGUGGUAAAGAGCUAUAGGCUCUCUUUCGCUUUAUGCGUUAUUACAGUGCCCUUUUCAGGGCGCUGUUUGAACCCAUUGUGGUACGCUUGUGCGUUAGUACCCUCUUCCAGGGUAUUUUUCCUAUUUCCCUACCUGUCCCUAUCCCCAUCCAAAUCCUUUUUCCUUCCUUUUCCCUCAGGUAGAUGAUGAAAUAGGCUGUUAUUUUGGCGAUGGCACAAAUGUCCCAAAUGGAGGAUAACGUGCCUCUGGAGCCGGCCUUCUGAUACCUGAUACCUGAUA